AUGUGGCUCCUUCAGGCUGGUGCGCUGUUGGCGUACGGCAGCCCGACGCCGGCUCGCGCCCGGACGGCUCGCAUGGCAGCCACCGCGGAUGCGCCGUUCUGGUUCGACCCUUGCCUCGAGUUUGGCCUCGACGAGCCCCGCCCAGACGCAGGCACCCUGCCGCUCCUGCUCGUGCUGCCUGGAGCGGACGGCUCUGGAAUCACCGCGUGGAUGCAGUUCCCGUCGCUCGCACAAGAGUACGCGGUGCGCGCCCUCUGCGUGCCGGCCGGCGACCGCUCGAGCCACGCCGACCUGGUGGCGCUCGUGUCGCAAGAGGUGCGGUCGGUCGGCGAGGGUCGCGAGCUCUUCCUGCUGGGAGAGUCGAUGGGGUCCGGGGUCGCCAUCGACGUCGCGCUCGACGUGCCGCAGGAGCUGUCCGGCCUGUUGCUCGUCUCCCCCGCGACCGGCUGGCACCGCAAGCUCGGCUACCGGAUCCUGACCUGGAGAGACUCUGUCUUGGUCCCGGUGCUGUGCGUGGCCGGGACAGCCGACCUCCGCGUGCCUGCCGCGGACGAGGCUCGACGCUUCGAGCGCGAGGUGUCGCGCUGCCGGUGCGUCUACGUCGAGGGCGCGGGGCACGCCGGCGCGACAGACGAUCGGCUCGACUUGCGCGCCGAGCUCGCUGCGUGGCGAAGGGAAGUGAUAGAGGUGAGCCGGAAGGAGCCCACCACGGCCGCGACGGUCUGA